AUGGCUGACUCAAUGAAUUGGCAGGUUGAGCUCUCCGACUUGCCCCCUCUCCCGCCCUCUCCACCACCCUCACCCGACCUUCGUCCAGUCAUGUGCGACUCAGCGCAACCAACCCCAGCACCCGUUGAACCCUCAGUUGCAGAAAUUCCCGCUCCUGCAGCGAUAGUACCUCCCGCUCUAGCCCCUCAGCCUGAGCCCCCGCAACCCCAGAGUCAGAUCACCCUGCUUCUCCUGAGCGGGUCGAGGAAGACGUUCUCAUUCCCUCCAGAGACGACAGUCGGACGGGUUAAAGAGCUCGUAUGGGGUAGCUGGCCAGUAGAAUGGAGAGACGAGCAAGUCCCACCCUCACCGAGCUAUUUCAGACUGCUCCAUCUGGGGAGGAUGCUGCAGGACGACUCUACGCUAGCCUCAAACAACCUUCUCCCCCUCCCUUCUGGCAGCUCCGUCCCACCGCCAAUAGUCCACUUAAGCAUCAAGUCCUUCGUCCCGCCCGUCGACUCCUCCAAAGCCUCGAAGAAGCAUAAGAAGACGGCAGGGAGCGUCGUAGGUGUUGGGGUGGGCGAUGAGAGCCCGGACGAGGAAGGCGUAGGGUGUUGUGGGGGUUGUGUGGUAAUGUGAUGAUUUUUGGACCACACCUUGAGGCUCUUGAGGUUCAGGCUGGGAUAUGUUUUCCCUGCCUCGGAAGCCGCUUUAUACCCAUCCAUCCCCACACACUCUUUCAUCUCUAUCGUACAAUCACUAACGACUCACCUAACGUUCACGAUUCCCUGUAGCACUAGCACCGCUACCCAUCCCUUUUUCAGUUUAGGCUCGGUUGAUCUUGCUCCGUUGGAAGGCGGCGUUGAAUAGCUGGCGACUGGGAUGGACGCGAUUAUGUGCUUCCUUGUAGUAUAGAUACUCGACUUAUGAAUGAC